AUGCCCCCAGCCUUUAGCCGCUGUAGGUCCAGCCUCACUGCGCACGUACUACGACGCCACUUGUCCGCUUUACGGCCGCCGGAAGCGGAAGUCCGGGUUGCGAUGGCGACGGUUUGGGAGUGGUCGGAUUGGCCGCUAAUACGGAGGGUGGGACUGCAGUUGUGGGAGCUCCCCCAGGCCUGGUUUCCCCAGGGGAAUGCCCCCUCAAGUCUGCCCCACCUCGAGCACCUGGUGCUGGACCGGGUCCCGGCCUUCUCAGACGUGCAACUGCGGGCCCUGCCUCGGCAAGGGGCGCUGUGCUCCCUGGUGCUGAGGGUCACCUACAGGGUGACCCACCAAGGACUACGCGAUGCCCUGCCUGGCCUCAGCAACCUCCGGCUGCUCGAGCUGUGUGGAUGCUCCGUGUCUGCUGAUGGGGCCCUGCAGGCCAUGGGAGGCUUCCUGCCCAGACUAAGGGAGCUCAGGCUGACUGUAACUGGGCUCACAGCCAGGGGGCUGGCCAUCCUGGUGGAGAUGCAAGCCUUAGAGAUCCCGGGCCUCCUGGGACCACCACCUACCCCGGAUGAGCUUUCAGCCAAGGACAUCCUCACUUUCUGCCUCAUGUUGCCCAACCUCAGAGUCCUCAGCCUUCAGGGCAUGGGCCCGGGGUCAGCAGAUGAGGCUAUCCUUAGGGAGGGACUGGUUCACUGUAUCAUCACUGUUGGGGAGCUCCCCACUUGA